AUGGCUGCUGCACCCCCGGUGCCUCAUGCUGUCCCCGAUGGCCUCAAUGGGACUCCCAGUCAUCUCGCCCACAGUCUGCCACGCUAUCAAGCCAUUGCCAUGAACCCCAACCCACCCCCUCAUCCGGCAAUGCCCCCGCCAGAUCAAAUGAUGCAGAACCAUCACUAUCGUCACUAUGCGCCGUCGCCGUUGCAUGAUCCUCACGCGGGACCGCCGCCCCCGCCGCCGGCGCCCGCCCCGUCUUCUCUAGAUCAGAUCGAAGCGCGCUUGCGGCAGUUGGAACAUGAGGAAAUGAACCGGAUGGCUGCCCGCCAUCACCUGCUUGCGGUGCGUAAGCGUGAGGACGAGGAAUUUCGCAGAUUGACUGAGAGCGCCGAGGCUGAGGAAGAGGACCUCCGCAGACAACGCAAGAGGAUUAAGAGAGAGUCGAUGGGCCUUGGGGGGAAUCAAACAAUGGACUCGCCGCCGAUGCGCCCAACACCACCGCGUCGGCUGUCCGAGACGAGUGCGGCCACCACGUUGGCCUUCUUCAAGCAGCAGAGUCCUCCGGAGCCGCGCCAAACCCCUCUCCCACCGCUAUCACAGACACCACAACCGUCACCGUCGAUGCCUCCGCCAGUUCACCUGCACCCUCAACCGCAUCAGGUUCCUCCACCUCCUCCCCCUCCCCCAUCUCAGCACCCGCACCCUCACGCACAUCAGCAUCCGCACCCCAUAGUCCCCCUCGACCACAUCAAUGGCGCAGGCUCCAUCCGGCGCAAGCAAAAGUACACGAUCAAGAAUGUGGAGGCUUGGGGCGAGCGCCACGGCCGCCCAGCGGCCCACGAUCCCUCCGGCCGUGCCCUCUGGAAGCGGCCCUCCGACGGCAGUCUGGUCUACCUCACCUGCCCGAUCCAGGGCUGCGGCAAAUCCGACUUUGUCACGCUGCACGGCUUCAUGUGCCACCUGACCAAAAAGCACAAAGACCGCACGCUGGGCAGCCAAUCGCGCGCACUCGAGCUCUGCGGCAUCGUCUACGACCCGAAUGCGCCGCUGCCGCCCGUGCAAGCCUCCAACCGCGCCUCGAUGGAAGACAGCCCGAUGGAUGGUGCGCCCGACGAUGAGGCCCACGACCCCGAGCUCGACUCUGAGCCAGAGGAUAGUGAGGAGCCUCGCGACGAGUCGUACCGGGUCAAGACCGAGGCAACCGAAAGGUCGCUCCCCGAUGCCGAGGAUAUCCCGGCGCCCCGAGAUACCUCGUCCAUACCCCCCAAACCGGCCAUCAACGGAUCGACCAAGCAGUCGAUCUCCUCCAUCAUCGACCGCACGCCGGAUUCCGAGCCGCGGGAAGCGCUGGCGUCGCGGACGCCCUCUGAAUCUAUCUCCCAGGGCCCGACGCCCGUCUUGACGGAGCAGUCGAUUCCUGCCAAGCGGAAAUACGAGUACUCACCGGAGAAGGAGAACACCGAACCCAAGGAAGGCUCUGCGGUGCAGUAA